AUGGAAAAUAACCUAAAUACAACUUACAUAAUUGUUGAUGGGUAUGUGGAAAUGACUAAAUACAGAUAUCUUUAUUUUGUGAUCAUGUUUACAGCAUAUAUUCUAAUAAUCUGCAGUAAUUCUACGAUUGUGUAUCUGAUUUGGAUUCACCAAAACCUCCAUGAGCCUAUGUACAUUUUCAUUGCAGCUUUGCUAAUCAACGCUGUUCUUUUCAGCACUGCGGUUUACCCAAAGCUCUUCAUUGACUUCUUAUCUGAAAAACAGAUCAUAUCUUAUUCAACCUGUCUCUUUCAGUAUUUCAUGUUUUAUUCUUUAGGUGGUUCAGAGUUCUUACUGCUGUCAGCCAUGGCCUAUGACAGGUAUGUGUCUAUAUGUAAACCUCUGCAAUAUCCAACUAUCAUGAGAAGAACCACUGUGAGGAUCUUCCUGGUUUUAGCUUGGCUUGUACCUGCUUGUCAUGUUGCAGUACCAGCUGUUCUGAGUGCUGAUAAAACACUCUGCAGCUUUACUUUGAAAGGAAUCAUUUGUAACAGCACAUUUUACAAACUUCACUGUGUGACUUCAAUUGCACUAAAUAUAUAUGGUUUGGUUGUUUUUGCAAAUAUUAUAAUGUCUCCUUUGCUCUUCAUUCUCUUCACAUACAUCAGGAUAAUUAUAAUAUCUUAUCGCAGCAGUAGGGAAGUGAGGAAAAAAGCUGCACAGACCUGUUUACCUCACCUGCUGGUUUUAAUCAAUUAUUCCUGCUUGAGUGCAUAUGAUUUCCUUCUACUGCGAAUAGAAACUGAUUUUCCUAAAAUUGUACGUUUCAUAAUGUCGUUACAAGUGAUUCUGUACCAUCCUCUCUUUAAUCCGAUCAUAUAUGGACUGAAAAUGAAAGAAAUUUAUAAACACCUGAAGAGUUUGUUCUGUCCAGGCAAAAUAAUCUGA